AUGUAUUAUCCUUAAAGCAUACCUUAAUAUUAUCCUCGUUCAGUGUAUCCACCUUAACACUUACCAUACAGACCUUAAUACUAUCCUUCUUAUGUUCCACAAUACUUUCAGCCAUAGUCUCUCUAUGCCUCCUAUAAUGGAUUUCAAAUUCCUAGAGCUAACAUUCCACCUACCCACCCUAUGGUUAGCUAAGCAAUUCAAUCUUCAAACAAGAAUUUUCAGAGUCCAGCCCGAGGAUUUGCAUCACCAACAAGAAAUCAUCUUAUGCAAUCUUAAUAAUAACAGCCAUAAAAUAAACCAACUUAAUAAUAACAAUUGUAAUCACCAACAAGAUCUGGGUAUUUAACUUAUGAAUAAGUGAUGGAGAGAAUUCAAAAAGCCAAUACUUAAUAAUAAUCACAUUAGCCUUAGCAAUGUAAUGAAUCUUUUUACUAAUUUAGAAUCAGUCCCAUAACCCUAAGGAUAAUAGAAACCACAAACCGGAUAACUCCCUAAAUCCUAAUAAUAAUAACCAAAAUAAUAGUAAAGUCAAUUGUAAUAACCAAUUCAACAGUAGACAUUAUAAGCUAAAACUCCAAACAAACAAGUUUCUUAAUAAAUAGAGGAUUAAUAAAAAUAACCAACGCCGCCAAAAGAUCCAGAAUAUGAGGCUGGAGAUGGAGAACUGGAAGGUAUCAUCUUAUUAUAAAUCUAAGAAUUGGCCUUAUAAUACGAAGAUGGUUAUAUCUAUAGAGGUUAAGGUUUUCCUCCUUAAACUAGAAGUGGAUUUGGAAUUUUAACAGAUAGCGAAGGUCAAGAAGUAUAUGCUGGAUAUUGGAAAGAUAAUUUUUAUGAGGGUGAUGGAAAAUUACGAAAUUUAUAGGUUGAAUUAAUAAAUGGUCCUUAUGAUUACACAAAUAUGACAAAUAUUGGAAAUGGAUGGGAAUUUUAUGAAGGUAUUAUCUAUGAAUAUUGAGCUAGGCAAAUUUGAAGGUGGUAAAAUGCAUGGAGAAGGAACAUUGGUUUUAUCAAAUUAAGAAAAGUAUAUUGGUCAAUUCGAUGAUGGAAUGAUACAUGGAGAAGGUGAAUUUAUAACUAAUAAUGAUAAUGUGGUGAGAGCACAAUGGAAUUAAGGAAUUUUAGAAUAGUAUAUUGAAUGAU